AUGAUUAUUUCAUUUAUUGCAGUACUCAUUUUGGGAUCGGUACUUGCUGAUAAAAUUGAGGUCACUAAUCAACGCCUAAUAUCAAGAAAACCUGAAUUCCACAACGAAAAGAAUGCAACUUCAACCAAAGAUAACAACGCGUCAAAUUUCAAGCAUCCUCCAUCACACUUGAACAAAGAUCCUCCAUCUACAAAGUACCAUUUUUUUCGGCCUCAUAUGAAAGGAGAAAAACUAAGUCAGUGGAGCCAGGAUCCAAAUGAACCAAAUGUCUUCCAUGCCCCUCUAGCAACAAUGCUGACUCAGUUAUUAAGAACGGGAAAAUUUGAUGUUAUCGCAAGUUUUGUUCGACUGGAAUUAGUUCGAAAGGGGGGAAAGGGACGACCUCAUCAGCGACCUUUGAUGCCACCACCGGAUCAAUUGUUGUAUAAUUACUACCCAAAUCCAUUGCCUUUAUCUUUUCAACCAAAACAAUUAACGAAAGAUCCGGUUCAAAUGCCCCACGGUGCAUUUGUCAAGCCAUUACCUCAGAUCACAGGUGCUCAAUCUCUACCCCAAGUUCAAGUUGCCCAGCUGUUGCCUAAAGUGUCUGCAUCAGAUGCAACAUACAGUUUCAUUGUUCCCGAAAUUUCAGAGCAAAGAAGUCCAAUUGUACAAAAGUGGUGGUCACCAGUCUCAACAAAGUCUGUAGGUAAACCACAAUUUAUGACGAAUUCUGUAUCAGUAGUAAGCAGCAAUAUCAGUAGACGACCAGCACCGGUUCCAUUCGAAACAAUGUAUCAACAAUACCAAAAAAUGCAAGGAGAGUCAAAGAAUACCGAAAAAUCUUAUACGCAACUUUCCAAACUUUACGAAAUCUUGAAUGCUUUAAAAACUAUCAAGUCAGACAGUGGUGCAAAAGUGUUGCAAAACUGAAUC